UAUAUUGUGUAAAAUCAUUGUGAAGUUUGCAUCCAAGACAAAGCAGUCACAAUGAGUUCACCAAAGGAGCUGCAAGAGACCAGGUGCUGUAACCAGGAAGGCUGUGAAAACACCUGCAAACCUGCAGAGACUGCAAGCAAGAUCCCCUACAGCAGCAUCCCCCUCCCUCUUUCUGAGCCGCUGCUGCAACAGCUUGCUGCGGAUGCCAAAGAUUAUGCUUUACUACACGGAGCUGGCAUGCGCUACAAAGACAGCUUCUCAACGGACACCCUCUCGAUGGCGCCAUUCUUCCUGCUGCCGACUCCUUUCCCCCGGCGUGAGUUUGAGAAAGUCUACAAGCUGCAGCCACUCAUCAAUACACUCAUGCACAGAGUGGCUCACUCACACGACUUCCUGCAGAGAUCUCUUGUCAACACCAUCAAAGUGGACGACUUCACGCGUCGGCUGUGGGAGCUGUACAUGACAGUGAGGGAGGAGGGUGUAGCCCAGCCAGUGUCUCUGGCGCUGAUACGAUGUGAUGUGCUACUGGAUGCUCCUCCCUGUGAUGAGAAUACCUCUGGGAGCAAAUUAAGUGAAGGGUCUGGGCCCCCAGAGGGUGAAGGCACCCACAGCCCUGAGGAUGACCUGGGGAAGUUGUGCUGCGCUGCACCCAAGCAGGUUGAGGUGAACACGAUCGCCUCCAGCUUUGGGGCUCUUGCUGUACAUCUUGGCCAUCUACACAA